CACAGUACAAACGAGAGUGACGAACUGAUAAGGACUGUUAAUUACUGCCAAAUUUAUACGUGAUUUCCUUAGAAUGAGCUACAGAGAAGACUUGAACGUUUUCGUUGGCGGAACGACUGGCGCCUUCAAAGGGCUGAAAGUUAAUGAAAAGACAUGUAUUACAAAGAACAUACAAAGUCUUAUAGCUAUAACAGAUGAUCAAGAAAUUACAACAAUGGCUUGGGGUGAUCAGGAAGAAAAAGAAAUUUUAAUUGGGUGCGGAUCAAAAGGAAUUCCAAGUGUUAAAAUAUAUGAUACCGAAUACUCGACAUUUACAAGUUCGUUUAAUUGCGAUGGUGGAAAAGGGAAGAUCAAAGGAAUUUCCCGAUUCAAUGAGGCGCAUGAUUUUAUUUUUAGCGCUGUAAUAACAGCAGUUGAAACAGGUCAUGUAAAGUUAUGGAGAUAUGACGAGAGUGAACAAAUAUCUAUAAAUGCUGGUGAAAACUUGCAGAGAAUGAGGCAUUCGAUCGUGAAUCAAAAUAUAAUCGCCACCGGAGGUCGUGAAAAUGCUUUAAAAUUGUUUGAUCUAGAGAAGCAAGAAAAAGUGUUUGUUGAAAAGAAUGUUCCACCUGACAUAUGCCAGUUGCGAAUGCCCGUUUGGGUUUCUGAUCUAAUUUUUUUACCAAACACCAGUUCAGUUGUUACAGCAAGUAAAUAUGGCCAUGUUCGUUUAUACGAUCCCAGAUCCACCCAGCGAAGACCACUAAUAAAUCUGGAGAUCAAAGAUGAGGCUUUGACAACUAUCUCUGCCGCUCAUAAGGAAAAGCAUGUAGUUGUCGGAUCUGGAAAAGGAAGAAUGAAUUUGAUCGAUCUGCGCAGUCCUGGAAAAAUUUUGAAUACGUACAAGGGUUUUACUGGUGGAAUAACAGAUUUAGCUUGCAGUCAAUGUCAUCCGUUAAUAACGAGUGUUAGCCUAGACAGGCACCUACGGAUUCACCAUUUAGAAACAAAACAACUGCUGAAAGAGGUUUAUUUGGUAUUUUCAUUGAAUGCCAUGUUAUUGCGAUCAAACUUUUCGUUAGAAGCCAACAGCCCAUUAUUGGAAGACCAUGUCGAAAAUACUAGGCCGAUAAGUGGUUCAACUGAUCGGCCAACCUUCACAAGUACCGCGACAGAAAAUUCUGUCGGGCUACAUUCAGAGUACGAUGUUGAAUAUGAUGAGAUGUUUAACCGUAUGCCAAUCAUUGACAACACAAGUGAUGCAAAUUUUAGACAAAUUAAGAGAAACUACCCAUAUAAAGAAGAAGCAACCGUCAUAGAUGAUACUUUGGAGUAUGACAGUGGUGGAAAUAACCGAAAAUCACUUGCAAUGAAAAAAAUGAGAAGAAAGACGAAAGUUCGUUAAGGAGGAGAAUUACCUUACGGUUUUUUUUAAAUUAAACAACACACCUUAGCUCU